AUGCAGGGCAUUCUACUAUGUCUGUCGUUACUGGUGCCGUUCGUGUUGGCCGACGACAACUGGGAUAAUUUUACGAAUAACCUUGCCACAGACCUGGCACCACUAAUUACACUCUUCGGCGAGCGCCUCACCAAACAAUUCCUCUCGGAAUCCAUCAGCCUCCUCGAUAACAUCAUCUUCGCCCUAUCACCACUGGGUGUCUUGACCGCAGUAGUCUCAGUGAUUAGGGUAUGCGGCAGCUCUUCUCUCCGCGCAUUCAUUGGCCGAGCACAAGAAGGCCCCUCCGAGGCCGAGAGCGAGCUUCUACCCUGUGUGUCGGAGUCGACUGCCGAGCUCUUCAAUGACGGCGGCAUCUCGCGCGUCUUUGGUCGGCCCAAGAUCGUCGAGGUUAUCGUGUGGCAGCAUGAUGAUCCUGUUACUAAGAAGUCGACCUCCAGGAUUGGAACACUCCGCAAUGCCCUCUGCGAGGGUGCGUGGACGCAGGUCGAUAAAGGGACGGAACUUUCAGUCGAAAAGAUGCACGAUGAGCUUCCUGAGCUGGAGAUUCCGAAUUUGUCGUUGAACAAGGGAAUCAAGCGCCGAGGUCAGGGUUGGUUCUACUGUGCUGCGAUUCUUGGGACGGCAUUGCAAUUGGGUGUAAUGAUAUAUGCCGCACUCACGGUCUUCGUAUAUCCAGAAACCUUCAAAAAAGAUGGAAAAGCUGUCGCCGGCUACGCAUUCCCCUUCUACAUCAUCGGAACCACCUUUCUCUUCGUCGGCAUGUUCUUUUGCGCAUUUAUCAUCGAGCGCUCCUCGCGCGAGUACUACUUCAAACCAGAACGCGCGAGCAAGAUCUACUGGCUGCAGCCCGGAAACCAGAAUGUGGGCGACCAGGUCUUCAAGUCCUUUUUGGCGACUAAAGAAGGCACCGGCGGAAAGAUGACCAAGAAACUGCAGUAUAUCAAAUCGACCAGAGACUCACAAUUUGAGGGACAAUACACCCAGAUCUACUUGACUUUGAUUUUCACUAUGCUCGGGUUUAUCGUACAGUUUGUCGGACUUCGAGGCCUUCAUGCUUCAGUGAUAUUGGCGCAGCUGGGGUCGACAUUCGUGAUGGCUAUCAUUCGGACUUGUCUUCGUACAGAGAGAAUGGCGCCCAGCGAAAACAAAUUGGUGGAGAAGCGGGAAAUCACAUCCUACAAGCGACAAGAGUUAGAUUUCUUUACCUUUUAUCUCGAAAACGUCGAGUCUUUCCACUUACUCUCCCCUCUGCACAACUCAUCCGACCUUUCUACCCGCCAACCAGGCACAUCCUCUCUGGCCAAGAAAUUGAUCCGAACUAGAAUACGACUGGCAGAGCUUACUUCCAGCCAGAAUCGGGGUUUGAGUGUUCCAUGGGAUGACAUUCCCAUCCGACAAACGGCUCAAAAUCUUGCAGAAACGAUCGAGAAGACCAUGGAUGUCAUGUCCGGCUGGGGAGUUGAAUUCGGCAGAGUAUUCAAAUUUACACUUCCUUUUGAGUGCAACGCGCACUCGAGACAGGGAUCUGAAUCUUCCUCGGAGAUCUACUCUAUCUGUCUGUUGCAGGGUGGUGAUACGCUCCGAUGGAGAAUGGAUGCAAACGAGCUUGAAGCCGUGCUGGGUCUGUGGAUAUGGUCUUUGUACAAGUCAGAUCCAGACUGGUGUCAACCAGGGCUGAGUCGCCUCGUCGGAUUGAGCAAGCUCGACGCAAGCAAGGAAGAGACCGACCUGUAUUUCUACAAGUGGAUAUUCCGCCAAACCGAGGCGACGAUGGUUUCUUCUCAGAUGGUUCAAUCCUCGUCUCAGCUUUUUGGGCUCCAUUCCAAGGUCGUUUCCGACGACAUGGACAUCCUGGUGGUAAAUACAGUAAAUGAUCUAGAGACAAUGGCUGCCCAGGAUAUCUAUAUCCACUUUCUCAGAGAGGCUUUUACUUUCAUGAAAGAGCUCGGAGGGGAAGUGGAUGUCAUUCCAGGACCUCACCAGUCAUUUUUGGCUUCUAGCAGUCAUGUGGACGAGCUGGUGCGAUCAUUUGAGGAGUGCAGCUUAGGCUCAAGAGAAGACGCCCUCAUGUGCAUCAUCCCGACGUUGAAAUUUCGAGGUCUUUUACCAGAUCUUGCGGCUGAUUCCAUCAACAUUCGAGUACGCACGGAAAAAUAUGUCGAGAACAACCAAUGGCAGUGUGCAUUUCUCCUUAUCCGUUGGCUUUGCCAGCGAUCGGACACAUCUGAAUUCGAGCGAUCUGUCUACGAGCUGGGGUAUCUUUGCCGUCGAGCGAUGUUAGAAGGAGAUGAAGAUGGUCGUGCAGAAGGCUUCAAACAGACCUGUGAUCUGCUCAGAUCAGACAUCAGAGCACACUUCUUCGAAAAACAAAGAUGCCAACGUCCCCGGUACUGGAUGAACUCCCAGACUUGCCAAGAUUGGUGGGCGACGUUCUCUAAACAGCUUGGAUGGAUUGUGUGGCGUAUAUCCGUACAUACAGCAAGUCUUCACUGGGUGCAACCACGCCUCGAGAUUUUGAAUGUGCCAAGAACACUGCCUCAAUCAACAAAUGUUGGCUCAUCCGCGGGUGAUUCCGAAAGAGGAAUCCAAGCCCUAGAACAGUGGCUAACAUACACCGAUGAUGACGUCGGUUUCGACCGCGAAUUGCCUGCAUACGAUGAUCAACUUGGGUAUGAAUGGGCAUGGCACAAUGGGUACACUGUGCUCUUGUAUUUCUUUUUAGUGCGGUGGACAGAGUUGAGCGCUAAAAUACCGAGCCUCGGCCACAAGGCCUAUGUGUUUUCCGCCAGCAACCACUCCGACUGGGCGAUGGAAGUCCUCCAUCGUCACGAUAUCGACAUUGACACGGAGGAUAUCCGAAGCUACUCCCCCCUCGUUGACCGUAUCUUUGUCAGGGAUUUGGCAGCAGUCAAAAAAUUACUGGAUCACGGCGCGGCUGUCAAUGGGAAUGGCGGACGCAACAUGAUGGGACCGUUAGAAGUAGCAGCCGGUGAGGGUUACGAUGAAAUUGUCGAGCUACUUCUCCGUUACGGUGCCUCCGUCGAAUCGGGUCGGAUUACGUUCUCGGCCCUCUAUCUGGCAAGCAACAGCGAUAAAUUCGACACUGUUCGCCUACUGCUUUCUCAUGGUGCGAAUAUAGAUCCAAUCGGACCAAGAGGCGUGACACCACUUAUCUCCGCGGUUAUGGACGGGCGAGUUCAAAUGAUUGAUCUGCUUCUGCAGAAUGGUGCCAAUAUCAACUUUGCAGACAGUGAUGGUCAUACAAGCGUGAUGCUUGCUGCAAAAUUUUCGAAUGUCGACACCCUUCGGCUGCUGCUGGCCAAAGGUGCCAAUACGAAGCUGCGAGACAGCUCUGGAUUGACUGCACUGGAUAUCGCCAAAAAGUCAACUUCCACAAAAGCAAGGGAAGCUUUAGAGGCGGCAGGGUGUACUUAG